AUGCCAGUAAGACGGGUGAAGACUGGUUGCCGCACGUGUAGAAUCCGCCAUGUCAAAUGCGACGAGGUGCGGCCGGCCUGUCGACGAUGCGUAUCCACGGGACGGGUAUGCGAUGGCUACGGCAUAUGGGCCGGCGGAGGCAACCGGUACGGCGAUCCCACUCUCAACCCGGACGCUCGCCGUUCUGGAAUGAUCCCGCUUCUCACCAGGGCCCUGGCUACCUUUCGUGCGGUGAGCGUCGAGGAGCAGCGCUGCCUUGACUGGUUCCUGCAUCGUUCAGCCAGGAAACUUCCCGGUGCAUUCAUCUCGUCAUUUUGGACAACCGCCUUACUCCAGGUCGCGGCGGCCGAACCGGCGGUGCUUCAUGGUGUCUUGGCGUUGAGCGCAGCUCAUGAGCAUGAUGGGUGUAAUGUCCGGCCACGGUCGGAUGUUCCGGAUAAGAAGGAACAGGUCAUGCUGCGCCAGUAUAACAAGGCUAUCCGUCAUCUGCUGCCGCUCUUCUCCGCGGAUCGCGGGACGGCUGACCAAGUUGCUCUGAUAGCCUGCUUGCUCUUUGUGUUUCUGGAAUAUAUCCGUGGCCAUUACAUGUCAGGCGCGAUGCACCUUCGGAACGGGAUACAGCUGAUUCGACAACGCCAGCGCUCCUCAGUUACGGCCGUCGGUGCGCCCUGCAAUGAGCUGGAUGAUUGCAUCCUAGAGACGUUUGUCAGGGUCCAAGUCUCAACUGCACUCUUGGAGCAGGAUCUUUGCCAGCUCUCGCUCGAAUCCUUGGUGUCCACCCCUGCGAUUCCGGGUCCCAUCUUCCAGUCGAUCGAACAAGCGAGACUGUCUCUGGACCUGUUGCUUGGUCGGGUUCUCAAGCUCUCUGAGCAGUGGCACCAUUACGGGCUUGAUGUUCCUUCACAGGUGGAUAAGGAUCUGUCUGAACUGUGCGAUGCUCAGCGGCACAUUCAAACAACAUUGUUGUCUUGGUUCACAACAUACAAGGUCUCAACCUCCAGCCUGCGUGGGCGACUUACUCCCCGAGAAACCAUCGCCUACGAGCUGCUGAGCGUUUACCACACAAUGGCGACAAUCAUGGCGGCCACGUCUUGUCGGACAACUGAGUCGGCUUUUGACUCCCACCUGCCGGGCUUUGUUUCGAUCAUAACUCAGAUGAUCGACUCUUGGGUCACAACUGUCCCUCGUGUGCAGCGCUUGGAUGAGCAUCUGGCGCACGGACCCGAGAUGACUGCCUCCAUCUCCGACGUUGGAUGCAUCCCGCCGCUGUAUUUCACGGCGCUCAAGUGUCGUAACCACCGGGUCAGGACGCAGGCCGCCAAGCUCAUCAACAUCGUCCCGCACAAGGAAGGAAUAUGGGAUGCUAUGCUGAUGUCAGACGUGGCCUGGGAGGCCAUAUCGGUUGAGGAAGGUGCAUUUUACGUCAACCUGCCCGCUUGCGGCAGCGACUUCGACGUGCUCACCCUUCCCACCGAGACCGACCUCCUCACACCCCUGCUCCCCGAAGCGCAGAGAAUUUGCGAGUUCAAAGUCCAACUGCCAACGGAUCCGGAUGGCAAACUCAUCUUAACCGGCAGUCGAAGACGAAAUAAUCGCCCUGUGGAUACGGUGAGCAGGGAAUACAACAUCCAAACUAGAUGUUGGACGGAUUUAAACGGUUCUACUACUACUUGCUGA